AUGGAGACUAAUACGGCUGCCAAUUUUAAAGCACGAUUACAACGUUUAAUUGCUUAUCAAGAUGUACUUACAAAAAAUAAUCUUUUAGCACAACGUUCUUGUGAUCAAGAAUUUAGUACUUUAUUAACAUUUCACAAUGAUCUUCGUCGUAAAUAUGUUGAUUUACGUACAUAUAAUGAUCAACUUAAUCGAUAUAUUGAACAAAAUCGAUUAGAAUUAGCACGUAAAGAUAAAAAAAUUCAAUCACAAAGUUUACAAAUUCUUCGUUUAACUCAAUAUAAUAAACGAAAUAAUGAACGUUGUACUCAAUUACAACAAUAUUUAGAUCGAAUAAAAGGUACAAUAAUUGAACAAAAUACUUAUAAUCAAUUAUAUGAUAUACUUCGAAAUUCUCUUAUGUCGGAUAGUGAAAUAACAACAGAUUUAUCUGAUAAAAAUUGUACCGGUGAUGAAAUUAAUGAUGAUGAUGAUAAUUAUUCACAUAUACCUAAAGUUGUUAGUCAAUCAACAGGUAUUAAUCAAAUAAAACGAACAAUUAAUAAUAAUGAUAUUGAUUUAAAACAUAAUAAAUCUCCUCCAACUGUUACAACAACUCCUUUCAAUAAUGAAUCAAAAACUAAUCAAUUAUGUACAUCACCAAUACCUGUAUCAUGUCGACGUUCAUUAUCAAUUCAUAAAAGACCAAAACAAAAAAUACGAAAACCAUCAAAAGAAUUUCUAAAUACAAAAUCAGAAGAAUCAGAAUUAAGUACAGAUGAUAUAUUUUGGUCAAAACAUAAUGAUAAUGAUCAUCAUCAUCAUCAAGUAUUAUUAUCAUCUAUAAAUCCAAUAUUACCAAAAUUAACAAGUCCAUCAAUGGAACAAAAAAUUUUAUCACCAUCAACACCAAUAUCAAAUCUUAUAAUCAAACCAAGUCCAUCUAGUCUUACUAGAUUAUAUACAAAAACACAUAAUUUUAUUUCAAGAAAUAUUCUUAUACCAGAAACAUGUUGUGUAUGUCUCAAACGUAUACAUUUUGGUAAAUUAGCUUAUCGUUGUCAAACAUGUCAUGCUCUAUGUCAUACGGGUUGUAAAGAAAAUUGUACAACACUUUGUUUACCAAAUAUUAAAACACCAAAUCAUGGUGCUGUAUCAAAAUUUAGUCCACGAGAAACAAAUCAAUUACAAAUACCUGCUUUACUUAUACAUUGUAUUAAUGAAAUUGAACAACGUGGAUUACAAGAAGUUGGAAUCUAUCGAUUGAAUGUUGUUGAAAAUCAAAUAAAAGAACUUAAAGAACGAAUACUUAAAUCACGUACAGGUUUAUUUGAUUUAUCACAUUAUAAUGAUAUACAUUUAAUUUGUGGUGUUAUUAAAGAUUUUCUUCGUUCAUUAUCAGAAUCAUUAUUAACAGAUAUUUUAUGGAAAUCAUUUGCAUCUAUAAUUGAUGAAGAAUUUGAUUUAAUAAAACAAGAAAAAUUUGAUUUACUUAUUCAACAAUUACCAAAACCAAAUCGUGAUACAUUAGCAUUUCUUAUUGUUCAUUUACAACGUGUUGCUACAUCACCAUUUUGCCGAAUGCCUAUAAUUAAUUUAAGUCGAAUAAUGGGUCCAGCUGUUAUUGGUUAUUCAUCAAAACAUAUAUCUGGUAUUGAUCUUGUUAGUGAAACAUAUAAACAAACGAAAAUACUUGAAUUUUUUCUUAAUAUGUCAUCUAAUUAUUGGAAUAAAUAUCUUGAAAUUAAUAAUAAUAUAUCAUUAAUAUCAAUGAAUAAAAAUCAAAUUGGUACACCUGUUCUAAUAAAUGAACAUCAUUAUCAAACAACACCUAAAAUAACUUAUCCAGCUCCUUCAAAUACAUUUUUUUCUCCAAUUUAA